AUGGCGCCAGGCCUGCCGGAGUCAUCCGGGGCCGCCGCCGGGCCAUGCUCGCCGCCGGCGCCUCCGCGCAGGGUGGUCGCUGAGGUGCUGCCCAGGAUGGACACACUGGUGCUGUUCUGGUCGGACGCGGUGCCGCACGAGGUUCUCCCGCCGCGCCGCCGGAGCCGCCGUGCGAUCUCGGUGUGGUACCUGUGCCCACGGCUGGGCGACUCCCAGUUCGUCCUCGGCACCCCGCUGCCCGUCGGCGCCCAGUCCAGCUCCGAGGCCGCCAGCGCCGUGCUGGCGAGCUGCCAGGCCGCCAACGCCACGGUGCCCGCCAGGCUGCACGAAUGGCUGCUCGGCGAGGUGGCGGGCGGAGGCGCCACCCCCCCCUGA